GGCUGAAAUCUCAAGUUACAGGUACGUGAUACAAUAAUUCUGCCGACGAUGGGUCCAAAUAAAAAUCUGUCCCAGUCAGUCCAUGAACAAAUGAAUUAGUUUCAAACUCAGCCCGUAUUUAGUGAUUCGUUUUUCGUAACGCGAAGCUUACUGUGAGUAUAAAAUGGCGGAUUCUAGUGAAAAAACGAAUGGGGCUUUGAUCGAGGGUGGAGGGGACAGUGAAAACUCUGGGUUUCAUGCAAAGAUCAAGAACAGUUCCCAUCCAGAAAAGGGAGAAGUGACUCUUUACAUUGUUUUCAACAAUCUGAUCAACGCAAUUUUCUUUAAGAGCCCAAAUUCACGUUAUACUUCCGCUCCUCUGCUGCAACGGAUUAAAGGUUCCGUUUCGGAAAAUAUUCCUCUGCUUCCCGACGCUUCGAGGAACACUGGUCGCCAUGUUCUUGCCUGGGCUCGCCGUGGCAGCCCCCUCCGCCUCCUUCUUGUCAUCUCUGUCGGGACUAUUUCCCUCGUCACGUUGACUGGAUUGCUAGUAUUUAUGCUUUUCUUUACUGCAGCAACCGUCAAUGCCAUUGUUAUUUCUCUUUUCAUGUCUUUAGUGGCAGCAGGAGGGUUCUUGGCUCUUUUCUUUGCCUGUGUUGCGGCCAUUUAUGUUGGCGCACUGUCAGUAGCUAUAUGUGUCAUUUCCACAGCAACGAUUUUAGCUGUUAUUGCUGUUCUUGUAGCUACAGGUUGGAUUGGAUUCUUCUGCACCGUGUGGCUGGUGACGAAGAAAAGCAUAGGUUUAGCCCGGCAUUCCCUUCACAUUACGGGAUCAGCAAUUUCAUCUUACUCUUCUACAAGGCAUGUUUCACGUCACCCUGAAUCGAAAAAAAUGGAAUGAAGAGCUGUUGCAGAAAGGAGGUUUCACUAUGUUGAUAUGUAGCGUGCCAAGUACUAGUUUAUGUUUGCACUGUAUUACCUUGAUGAUGAUAUUGUUGCCCGUGAUUAUCUUUUUCCUCGUACUCGUAGAUGUAUGCGUGGAUGUAUAAGCUCUUUAUUGUGUUCCGGUUAAAUUAUGAUGUUGUUGAAUUGUUGUUCUCUGAA